AUGGAAAAGAAAAUAAUAUCUUCUUCAAACUUCUUAUUUUUCUCUCUAGUUCUACUAAUCAACACACUCUCCUUCAUACCAAAUUUCACUUCUGCUUCUUUGGAGGAAGCCAAUGCUCUUCUUAAAUGGAAAUCAAGCCUUGAAAUCCCAAACAACUCCUUACUCUCUUCAUGGCUUCCCCUCCCUAUAAAUUCCAAUGCAUCAUUUCCAUGCACUUCUUGGUUUGGAGUAGCUUGCAAUGCUGAUGGGAGCAUUCAGAGGCUAAACCUCACUUCAUCUAGCUUAAAGGGUACGCUUCAUCAAUUUUCAUUCUCUUUGCUACAAAAUGUUACACAUUUUGAUCUCAAUGUAAACAACUUCUUUGUCACUAUCCCACCAGAAAUCCGACUCCUGUCCAAACUUGUCUAUCUUGAUUUUUCGGCAAAUAAAUUUUCUGGAGUAAUCCCACCUGAAAUAGGAAACCUUCGCCAGCUAACCAUCUUGUACCUAUUCUCAAACAAUAUAUCUGGCCCAAUUCCUUCAUCAUUGGGUGAUCUUACAUCUUUGAAUUUCCUUUAUUUGCACUACAAUCAACUCUCUGGUCCCAUUCCUAUUCAACUUGAGAACUUAAAAUCUCUCAUUGAUCUUGGUGUGAGCUACAAUCAACUUAAUAGUUCUAUUCCUUCAUCACUAGCAAACAUGAGCAACUUACAGUAUCUCUACCUAGUCGCGAACAAAUUAUCUGGCCCCAUUCCUAUUGAACUUGGGAAUUUGAAGUCUCUCACUAAUCUUCUAUUGAGCCAAAAUCAGCUUAGUGGUUCUAUUCCUUCAUCAUUGGGUGAUUUGACAUCUUUGAAUGUUCUUCAUUUGAGCAAUAAUCAACUCUCUGGCCACAUUCCUAUUGAAAUCGGGAAUUUGAAGUCUCUCAUUGAUCUUCAAGUGAGCUACAAUCAACUUAGUGGCUCUAUUCCUUCAUCACUAGGAAACCUGAGCAAUCUACAGAUUUUAUACCUCCAUAACAAUGAAUUUUCUGGUCCAAUUCCUACUGAACUUGGGAAUUUGAAGUCUCUCACUAAGCUUGCGGUGAGCGAAAAUCAGCUUAGUGGUUCUAUUCCUUCAUCACUAGCAAACUUGAGCAACCUACAGAGUCUAUUCCUACGCCACAAUCAAUUAUCUGGUUUGAUUCCACAAGGAUUGGGAAGUCUAUACUUGGUUGUGCUAGAAAUAGAUGAAAAUCAAUUGUCUGGCCAUUUGCCUGAAGGUUUGUGUGAUAGGGGAAAGCUUCAAAGUUUAACGGUAGACGGUAAUCAACUCACUGGUCCUAUUCCAAGGGGCUUAAGAAAUUGUACUAGCUUAAUAAGAGCUCGUUUCGAUCAUAAUCAAUUCAGUGGAGAUAUAUCAAAUAGCUUUGGGGUAUAUCCUAACUUAAAUUACCUUGAUAUCAGUCACAAUAAUUUUCAUGGUAAGAUUUCUGAAAAAUGGAGUAAAUGCAAGAAUUUAAGAAGCUUAGUGAUGGCCUAUAACAACAUCACUGGUGGCAUACCACCACAGUUUGGAAAUUCAACUCAACUACAAAGGCUGGAUCUUUCUUUUAAUGAUUUGACUGGUGAGAUCCCAAAGGAGUUUGGGAAGAUGAAUAGUAUGUUGAAAUUGUCCUUGGCUGAUAACCACCUUUUAGGCAUUAUACCUCUAGAGAUUGGAUCUUGUGAACUCCUUGAAGUACUCGAUCUAUCCACAAAUAGAUUGAAUGGGUCAAUACCAAAAAGUAUUAGUCAAUGGGAACAUAUCCACUACUUGAAUCUUAGUAAUAACAUGCUGAGUGAGAAAAUUCCAUCGGAGAUUGGUUAG